AUGACGCAGUGGACGGAGAGCCAUGCCGGCGCCCAGGCCGAGCUCGCCAGGGUCCGCGCCGAGGGCGAUUGGAUCAUGAUCAAAAUCGAGAUGGAAAAGAAGGAGCUGGACGCGACGCUGAAAGAGAUCGAGAUGGCCAAGGCCCAGAUCGCCGCCCUCCACACCACGAAGCUGCACGAGUGUCCCACUGCCGUGACGGCCAUGGACUUGGCAAAGCACGUCAAGGCGCUGCAGACGCAACAAGAGCGAUACAAAGGGCACGUGAGCGAAGAUCUGAGCAAGCUCGCAUUGCUGCGACAGGCUGUCGACGAAGCCAGACGCGUGCGGAAGGACGCCCUGGCGGCCGAAGCAGACGAACAGUGUCGGGCGAAGCACAUGGCAGGCACCAUUGCGGCAACGCAUGCCGAAAUUGCAUCCAUCAAACAGCGCGAGGCAGUCAUGGCGGACCAGAUCCGGCAGGUGCAAGCCGACAUCGACUCCGACCAAGCCGCGUUCUUCGCCGCAAGAAAGGAGCUGGCCGACCAGUUGCACGAAUGCCACAAGCACCAAGCCAAACACCCCAACGAACGCAGCCAUGUCCAGGCGAUCGCGGGCGUGUCGUCGGCGGCACACACGUACAAAAAGAAGAGCAACCUCUCGUGGCUCCGCGCCCGCAAUAAGGUCUGCCUCGUCAAGCGGACCGAGUCGCUCGAGAAGAAGAAGGAUCUCCUCGAUGCCCUCCUCGACACGUCCAAGCUGCCGACCGUGCACUGCUUCUUGGACAAGUACUUGCGCCAGGAAGCCGACAAAGCGGUCAUGUGCGUCGAGAUCGAUCGCCAGUCCACCAUCAACGCCGCGAUUCUCGUCAACAUUCAACGCCUCGAGGCGGAAAAGACCCAGAGCCGCGACAUGCACACGAUGGACGGGCUGAAUCCGUACUGCCAAGACAUUCGCAACCAAGCCAGGAAAAGCAGGGAGCACACGGAAAAGUUGCGGGCCGACACCAAACAAUUCGAGUCUUUAGCCAAGCGAUUGUUUGAGCCGCUGGAGCAACUCUUUGUGCUCACGUGCGGCGCCUCAAGUACUCGCGAGCCGCCCGACCCGUCGAUCGGCGUCAAGAUGCACCUCGAGCGACUCGCGCGGAUCGAAGAGCACGUGGCGCAGAAGGUCCUGUCCAAGAUUGCCCAUGAAUGCGCGACGCACAACGGCCACUGGCAACAGUCGGCGACUCUCGUGCGCUUGCUGCAGUCGCGCGGAGUCCUUCGCCCGAAAUUGGUCCAGUUCCCGCCGCCGCUCCCGACGUCCGUCGCGCCGGUCGCUGUGGGACCGACACGGCCCUCUGACGACCGGGACAACGACCAAGAUGACGAGCACGAUGCCAACCACACGGAUCGUCCCGACCACGCCAUCCAACGUGAUGCCAUCGUCGCGGUCAACUCGAAGGACGUCCUGCGAGAACUGCGCGAAUGCCACGCGGCGCGCGCAUUGACUUUGGACGACGACGGCGCGCGCCAUUCUCUGUGCAAGUCGAAAUCCCGACGACGGUUGAGCGCCGCCGACGUCCGUCGCGACGAGUCCAUUGCUGCGCUGACGACCCGCGCCCGAUUCCCCGGGACAAAACUGGCGCGAGCUGUCGCUGACGUCGAACUCGACUGCACGUCCGUCAUGAUUGCCGCGUCGUCCGCCGAGCCCAAGGAGAGGCGGCGCAGCAGCACGUCCGUCGCUAGCACCAGCUAA